CCUCUUAUAUUUGUAAUCAUGAUUAUCCUUAAUAAAACUUUGGUAAAUGUACUCCGGCAUUUAUCCCACUGAUUUUGGUGGUUUACCUUCCGAAAAAAAAAACAAAAUCAACUAUCUAGUUGUGUGUGCGUAUUAACUAUCCAAUAUAACCUAUAUAUCUAUUGGCUAUGUGUUAGUGUUUAUUUCAAAACAUUGAAAUAUAUUUAUUUAUAGUAAUCAUAAAAUUGAUUCACUUUAGUAUAUUGUACACAAUCUAGAAAUGCAUCGAUCCAUUAAAUUUUAAAGAAAAAUAUAAUAUUACAAAUUAAAUUAUAUAAAACACAUACUAACUCAUAUCAUGCAUUUAUAACAUACAAAAUAUAGGGAAAAUGGUUUUAAAUUGAUAUUUGACUAAUAAUUAACUUGUGAUCAAAUUGAUUCGAUAUUCGUAUAUGAUUAGUGAAUUAUUCGUAUUAUUAAACAAAUACAAAUACAAUUCGAAAAUAAUAUUCGUUUCAUAUUUGAAUUUGUAUUCGUAUUAAAAAAAAUAAACAAAUACAAAUACAAAUACAAAAUCACAUUAUUCGACUCGAUCCGUUUACAACCCUAACGCGAAGUGUCUGAACGGUAAGGAGUACAAAAAUUCUACUAAACGAUUAAGUCAAAAUAUUCGAACCGAAUAAGUGAAGUUCCAAAUUAAGUCUCAAGUAAACGUUGAUAUAUAAUCGACCGAAUACAAACCGUUUGUUAAUAUGCUUGACCUAUACUUGAUAAUAUAUUUAAAAUAUUGACCCAACAGCUCAGUCAGAAAACAUAGAUUUUAAUGUGGUUCAACAAAGUUUUGAUUUAGAAUAUCUUUACUUUACUAAAAAUGAAAUCCAUAAAAUUUGUUGGACUAAUAUGCAUAGUUAUGUUGGACAUAUGAAUAUAAGUUGACCUUUAGCUAUGUCUACUUCAAACAAAAACACACAAAUAUUAUAUCCAAGUAAAGAAUGUGCAUAUAAAACUAGUUAGAGUCAAGAAGUAAAAGCACCACCAAAGGGUAAUCAAGUUAUUAGAAAUGUAGUAUUAAAAAAUAAAAAAAUAUUAUUAUUUGCAGUAGGGAGAUGUAUAUCUAGGAGUUCUUGUUCUUAGAUUUCAGAUGGUGGCUAAUGAUGAUGACGAGUUUCUUAAUGCGACGGUUGGAAUACUUGUAACUUGGUUUGCAAUUGUGAUUGCCACAUAUUUGAAGUUCAUGGAGAAUGACAUGUGCAUUGUACAUUCAUACAUAUUUGAUGUAUUUUAGGAUUAUUUCUUGUCAUUUUUUAAUGUGUGAUAAAUAUUUAUACCUAUUUUAUAUGUUUGAACUUGCAAGUAUAUGUUUUUCAGAGUUGUGCAUUAACAACAUUCAUGCAAUUAUAUUUUACAUAUGAAAGACAUAUACGAAGUAUGUCGUUAAUGAGUUAGAGCACCUUCAUCCAAACAAUAAUUUAUUACAUUAAUAUAAGUUCACUUAAUUUUUUCUCAAGCAAUAUAUUACAUAUACAUCUAGGUUCACCUAGUUUUAUUUAAAUCUAAGUUUACUUUAUUAAACUAGGUUUAUUUAGGAUCACCUUACCCAAAUAGAGUAAAAUCUGGAACCCUAGAAGGGAAAAAUGUUUGCCUGUUUACCGUUAUCGUCUUCACUACCACAAGCACUCUCCUCUGAGUUUGGCGGCAAGGGAAAUGUUGAGAAGCCACAUUCUCUCUCAUGGGCUUCUUCCUUCCCGCGGCUAAAAAUUUCCAUGCCUUUAGCCCCAUACCAUCGGAAUUUCUCACCUAAACAAAGCUCAGUUGUAGCAGCUGCCUACACAAGGAGAUCUCAGAGUGAAGCUGCAAAGAAACCUAAUCAAAAAUCAUGGAAACAAAGGACAGAUAUGUAUAUGAGACCAUUCUUGUUGGAUGUUUUCUUCUCUAACCGGUUUAUCCAGGCAAAAGUAAUGCACCGACCAACCAGCAAGGUCAUCUCAGUGGCUACAACAAAUGCCAAGGACCUUAGGACUACACUGCCCUCACUUUCUGAUGAUAAUGCAGCCAGGGUUAUUGGAAAGUUGAUUGCCGAGCGUUCAAAGGAUGCUGAUGUCUUUGCAAUGUCCUAUGAGCCUAAGAAGAAUGAGAGGAUACAAGGCAGGCUGGGGAUAGUUCUUGAUACCAUUGCAGAAAAUGGUAUUAUCUUUGUUUAGGAUCCAACUUUAAUGGCUUGUUUGGUUACCUCAGAAAGUGUUACUGUUACUUUUUCGGAAAUGAAAAGACCGUGCUUUAUCACUCAUUCACCUAAACUAACAGUCUUUUGCUUUCCAGACAAAUGACUUCAUUUUAC